AUGGAAUUGGCCUCUGAAGCCGAAAUUGAAGAAAAAUAUUGUAAUACUCAGGAAUAUGGCUACGAAUCAAGCGAGGAGCAAGAAACAAGAAAAGCAGAAGAAGGCAACAUAUCAAUAGGGACGCAAGAAGUAAGAAAACCAGUUGAAGAGUCGCAGGACCUUCCAAUUGCUGCGGAAACGGUUUGUGACAAUAAUAAGAGGAACAAGACACAAGAGAAUUUUUCAAAAUACCUACUAGAUGACUUGAGAAUUUCAGAUUCAUCAGACGAUGGUGAUUUUGGAUCAUCUAGCAGUGAUGAUUAUAUUUGCGUUACUGAUGAAUCUUCGUCAUCCAGUGAUAAUGAAAGAACUUCAGCUAAAAAGAAAAGAACGGCUACGUCGUCGGUGAGAUAUACCUCCAAUAUUACAGUUCCAGAAACACCCCCGUCGCCCAUGAGCACAUCAGAGAAUCCUGUUCCUGGUUGCUUUUUCUGGGAACGCAACGACACUUGUUCAAAAUGUGACCGCAUCAAUAUGAAACUCAAGUAUGCAUCUGUGGAUCAGGCUGCAAAUCUCAAGACGCUCAAGGAGCAUCAAGAGGCGUUUAAGGCUGCUUACGGAGAGAAAAAGGCAGAUAAACAACUGGCUCAAUCGAGCGAAGUUGUAGCUGUCAUAACAUUUGAUUUGCAACAAUGUUUACCCACCCCGAAAACGAAUACAGCCAAUGAAAAGUUUUUGUGGUUGAACGUUAGAUCUGUUCUUUAUAACGAAGAAAGCAUAUCCUGUUUUUCUUACAAAAAAGAGUUCAAAGAUGUUGAGUACAUGACCAUGGACUGUUCGAAACGGGGUAAAACUUAUGAUAAUAUAUUUACGAUUAUUAUGGUACCGAAAGCUUACCACUCUAAACUUCCUAUUUCAACUGAUAAGAAGAAAGAUGUAUUAAAUUUGUUAUGUUUUAUUCAUGAGAGCGCUCAUGAGUUUUACAGAAGUCUGAGCUUCAAAAAUGAUGUCAAAGACAGUCCAGCGCAUAAUGACAAUGAUUCCGAUGGUGAAUAG